UGGCUCCUGAUCAGGCUCUUACCAUUUUGUCAGGUUAGUGGUAGCCUGUGUUGGCCUGUCUUAUCGUUCUUUGGCGUGUGCUGCUAGUCUUUAUUGGCAGCCUUGCGAAACCACCGAGUCGGCCUUUGAUCGUUGCAGUGUCUGGUUAAUCGCCGAGCCAGCUUCUCUUCCUCGCCUCGCGUUCUUUAGCUUCAGGGUACUGGUUACGCAACCCCGUUUCACUGACACGUCAAAAUGAGUCCGAAUGACGUGGCCGAGAAGCUGGCUGACUCCUCGCUGACGGACAACCCGCCAGCUGCCGACGCUGCUGCUUCCGCGAAACCCGCUAAAGCGAAGGUUGGCGACAAGGGCGCAGACAAAGCCGCCGCUGCUGCGGCUGCCGCGGCGAAAGAAGCGGCGAAGAUCGCGCCGGAAAUCCAGGCGUUCUUUAAGCGGAGGAUCGAGAUGUUCGAGGCGCUUCAGAAGGAGCAGGCCGCGGCGCGAGAGAAGAUCGCGGGUGAUCCAAUCAAGAUCACUCUGCCCGACGGUGCUGUGAAGGAGGGCAAGAAGUGGGAAACCUCCCCCAUGGACGUCGCCAAGGGCAUCUCGCAGGGGCUGGCCAACAGCGCCAUUAUUUCUAAGGUCGAUGGCGUGUUGUGGGACAUGUGCCGGCCCUUGGAGGGAGACUGCUCGCUGCAGCUGUUCACUUUUGAGGAUGAUGAGGGCCGGGACACCUUCUGGCACUCCAGCGCUCACAUCCUCGGAGAGGCUCUGGAGCAGGAGUACGGAUGCCACCUCUGCAUUGGGCCGUGCACCACUCGAGGAGAGGGUUUCUACUACGAUGCCUUCUACGGUGACCGCACGUUGAAUGAUGAGCACUUCAAGGCCAUUGAAUCCAAGGCGGGCAAGGCUGCGAAGGAGAAGCAGGCAUUCGAACGCAUCGAAGUCACGAGGCAGCAGGCGCUGGAGAUGUUUGCUGAUAACCCGUUCAAGGUGGAGAUCAUCAAGGAGUUGCCAGAUGACAAGACCAUCACGGUCUAUCGGUGUGGCCCCUUGGUCGACCUGUGCCGCGGGCCCCACAUCCCCAGCACCGCCCAUGUCAAGGCCUUUGCCUGCCUCAAGGCGUCAGCGUCGUAUUGGAGGGGCCAGUCCGACAGGGAGAGCUUGCAGCGAGUGUACGGCAUCUCUUACCCGGAUAGCAAGAAGCUCAAGGAGUACCUGCACGUGCUGGAGGAGGCCAAGAAACGGGACCACCGCGUAGUUGGCCUCGCUCAAGAUCUCUUCUUCUUCCACCCGCUCAGCCCUGGGAGCUGCUUCUUCCUGCCCCAUGGGGCGCGCAUCUACAACAAGCUGGUGUCGUUUAUCAAGGGCGAGUACAGGAAGCGCGGAUACCACGAGGUCGUGACGCCCAACAUGUUCAACAUGGAGCUGUGGAACGUGUCGGGCCAUGCGGCCAACUACAAGGAGAACAUGUUUGUCUUUGAGGUGGAGAAGCAGGAGUUCGGCUUAAAGCCCAUGAACUGCCCCGGCCACUGCCUCAUGUUCGCGCACCGCGUGCGCUCCUACCGAGAGCUCCCCCUCCGCUUUGCUGACUUUGGGGUGCUUCACCGCAACGAGCUCAGUGGGGCCCUCACUGGCCUCACGCGCGUGCGCAGGUUCCAACAGGACGAUGCCCAUAUUUUCUGUGAGGAGGGGCAGGUGGAGGCGGAAGUGAGCGACGUGCUCGACUUCCUACAGACCGUGUACGGCAUCUUCGGGUUCACCUUCGACCUGGAGCUGUCCACUCGCCCGGAAAAGCAUCUGGGAGAGGUCGAGACGUGGGAUCGCGCCGAGGCCGCUCUGACCAAGUCGCUGAACGCCUUCGGGCGGCCGUGGCAGAUCAACGCGGGCGACGGGGCGUUCUACGGCCCCAAGAUCGACAUCACGGUGUACGACGCGCUCAAGAGGAAGCACCAGUGCGCCACCAUCCAGCUGGACUUCCAACUGCCGAUUCGCUUCAAGCUGGAAUACUCUGCUGAUGACGAGGCUGCCGGGAGGAAGCGACCGGUCAUCAUCCACCGUGCCAUCCUGGGCUCAGUGGAGCGCAUGUUUGCCAUUCUCCUGGAGCACUAUGCGGGCAAGUGGCCCUUCUGGCUGAGCCCCCGCCAAGUGACUGUCUGCCCUGUCUCUGAGAAGUACUCGGAAUACGCCACCAAGGUGCGGGAUGAGAUCCAUGCCGCUGGCUUCGACGUCGAGGCCGAUCUUUCUGACAGGAAGCUUCAGAAGAAGGUGCGGGAGGCCCAGCUUGCUCAGUUCAACUACAUCCUGGUGGUGGGGGCGGAGGAGGAGGCGCAGGGCUCGGUGAACGUGCGAACGAGAGACAAUGUGGUUCAUGGCACUAAGACCAUUGCUGAAUUUAUCAAGGAGCUUCAAGAAGAGGCCGCUGCAUACCAUUAGCCAGGAAAUUCGCCAGUGAUUGUGAUCUUUUGAAGGAUGUGCGAUGUGAUCUACCUUAUCUUUGCACGUUGAUAUCAAUUUCACCUUGAUUACUGAAAAUCCCUUCAAGAAUAGUCCAUCUUUUUUGUGUGGAAUCAGGGUGAUACAUGUUCAAAAUGUUUUUGGUUAAGAACUUUGGAUUUUUUGU